ACGGACCAAAACCAAUACUCUGUCGGCCAAAAGAACUCAACACUUUUAUCUUCUUCGGUCAUCACAGCAUCUUGAGAGUCGUUAUGUGAUACAACUCAUUCUGCCCAAGCAGUUUAAUCGGGAUUUCCUGGACUUGCGACAUUUCUGGCACCGUUUUCUUCAUCUCGGAAGACGCCGUGCUCAAGCGGGCGCUGUCCGAUGACACGGCCAAAAAACAACUCCGUGUGGAGCGUCAGAUCUAUGAGCGGCUCGGCUCGCAUCCUCGCAUACCAGCCCUUUUUGGUCGGAGCAGGACGCCGUCAUUCUCGAACACCUGCAGUGCACACUGCGCCAUCGGCUUCUGGACCUACGCAGUCGACAGGAACUCCUGCGGCGCGUGACGUCCAGAAAUGGGCGCUGCAAACGGCUGUAGCUUUCCAGUAUAUUCACUCGGGCAGGGUGAAGCAGGUGGAUAUCGGCACGUACAAUGUUCUGCUCGACACCGCCGACAACGCAAAGCUUUCCGACUUUGCCGGGUCUUCUCUCGACGGCUCCGAACCAACGGUCGCUGCAGGUGUCCACUCAACACAUCCAAGGUUAUCCACCUUCAAGCCGUCCGUUCGCUUCGAGCUCUUUGCGCUUGGCUCAUUACUCUACGAGAUAAGAGAUGACCUUCCAACCUUUCCACGAAAAGGCCGAUCACGAAGUUGAGCGCUGUUCGAAGCAAAUCAAUUCCCACCUACGAGCGGCCUCUUGUUUGGGGAGGUGGUAAUGGAACGCUGGAUAUCAUAUCAGGAUGCCGGCGAAGUGGUGGCCGACCUUCGCUCCAUUGAAGCACGUAUUGAAUAUGGGUUGGUCUUGUGCGUUUAAAUCCGUAUUCCAGACACGUCAUAUCCAGCCCGGAUACUCACAUCCUGAUGCCAGCAUACCCUGACUAACGUUCAACAU